UCCAAAUACCACAAUCAACCUGUCCAUUUUGAGAGGAAAGCAAUUAGCUAUGGCGUCUGCAGAAACAGGAGGCGACAAGUACCGGUCGUUCAUCCACGGCGAGGGCGAAAAGAACACGGUGUGGAGGCUCGGAGCCCCUCCCAACUUCGACGUGGUCAACAAGCUCUUCGAGGAAGAGAGGACCAAUGAAUGGCCGGAGGGGUCUGUGGAAGAGAAGGUGCAGCGCUUGCUCAAGACCUGGGAGAUGGAGAUGUUCCACAAGGUGCGCCCCGAGGAUCAGAAGUGCGUUCACUCCCAGGGAUUCACGGCGAGCACCAACGGGAUGAAGGCUCUGACACGGAAGGAAUGGUCGGCCAUGGGAGGCUACAACGCGUUCCUGGCGACCACUUUGCCGCCAGAGCACCGCAUCUAUGACCCGGACAAAGAAACUGUCGACUCCGGCAUGUCAACAUUCCUCACAGCAUUUCCACGGGGUUUUGCCAUUGAGGUGCUUGACGUCUACAACAGCGACCCACCGAAGGUCGCCUUCAAGUUCCGACAUUGGGGGUACAUGGAGGGGCCGUUCAAGGGGCACCCGCCUCAUGGCCAGCGUGUGGAGUUCUUUGGCGUCUGCAUCUUCCAUGUUGAUGAGGAGAUGAAGGUGGAGAAGGCAGAGUAUUACUACGAGCGGGGCAACUUCCUCGCCAGCUUCUUGAGCCCGCCUGCUGCUUCUGCAGCAUCGGCUUCAGGUUGCCCAAUGAUGAAAGCAAACUGAAGCUGUAAGGAUUAUUGAAACAUGUAACUUGCAUCAAUGUAAAAGGACGAUCACCUCCAUAUUUUGAGUUGCCUUUGAUUCCAUGUCUGGGACAUGACAGUGUUUUUAAUAAAAUAAAAUAAAAGCUUAUUUGUUGCAAA